AUGCAAACCCUCGCACGCGCCGCCCCGUCGUCCCUCUUCGCCCGAGCCGCCGCCGCCGCCGCCGCCCCGCUACGAAUCGCCUCCCUGUCCCGCCAUCUGUCCACUUCAUCGCCCGUCAUGGCCCCCGUCACAAAAGACGCCGACUUCCUCGUCCUCGGCGGCGGCAGCGGCGGCCUCGCCUCGGCCCGCAUGGCCAGCGCCAAGUUUGGCGCAAAGGCCCUCGUCGUCGAGGCAAAGCGCCUCGGCGGAACCUGCGUCAACGUCGGCUGUGUCCCCAAGAAGGUCACGUACAACGCCGCCGCCAUUGCCGAGACGAUCCACGACGCCAAGGCCUACGGCUUCUCCGUCGACCAGACCGCCCCCUUUGACUGGACCACCUUCAAGACCAAGCGCGAUGCCUACGUGAAGCGCCUCAACGGCAUCUACCAGCGCAACCUCGACAACGACAAGGUCGAGUUCCUGCACGGCCGCGCCCGCCUGCUCUCCAAGACCCAGGUCGAGGUGACGCUCGACGACGGCUCCAAGGUGCUGGUCAACGCAAAGAAGAUCCUCGUCGCCGUCGGCGGCCGCCCCAACUCUCCCCCCCGCAUCCCCGGCGCCGAGCUCGGCAUCAACAGUGACGGCUUCUUCGACAUCGACACGCAGCCCAAGCGCGUCGCCAUCGUCGGCGCUGGCUACAUCGGGGUCGAGUUUGCCGGCAUGUUCAAUGCCCUCGGCACCGAGACGCACCUCUUCAUCCGCCACGACACCUUCCUGCGCCACUUUGACCCCAUGGUCCAGGAGACGGUGACCAACGAGUACGAGCGCCUCGGCGUCAAGUUGCACAAGCGCACCAACCCGUCCAAGAUUGAGCGCGCCGCCAACGGCAAGCUCACCGUCACCUACAAGGACGACGCCGGCAAGGAGAGCUCCGUGUCCGACGUCGACCACCUCAUCUGGGCCACCGGGCGCACCCCCGAGACGCACGGCAUCGGCCUCGAGGAGGCGGGCGUCAAGCUCGACGCCAAGGGCUACGUCGCCGUCGACGAGCUCCAGAACAGCAGCGUCGACAACAUCUACGCCCUCGGCGACGUGGCCGGCCGCGUCGAGCUGACCCCCGUGGCCAUUGCCGCCGGGCGCAAGCUGGCCCACCGCCUCUUCGGCCCGGCACAGUUCUCGAGCGCCAAGCUCGACUACACCAACGUGCCGUCGGUCGUCUUCGCGCACCCCGAGGUGGGCAGCAUCGGCCUGACGGAGCCGCAGGCGCUGGAGCAGUACGGCAAGGACAAGGUCAAGGUGUACAAGACGAGCUUCACGGCCAUGUACUACGCCAUGAUGGAGCCGGAGCACAAGGGCCCGACGAGCUACAAGCUCGUCGUCGUCGGGCCCGAGGAGAAGGUGGUGGGCCUGCACAUUGUUGGCCAGGGCAGCGCCGAGAUGCUGCAGGGCUUCGGCGUGGCCAUCAAGAUGGGCGCCACAAAGGCCGACUUUGACAGCUGCGUCGCCAUCCACCCGACGAGCGCCGAGGAGCUGGUGACGCUCAAGUAG